UUCAGGUCAUAGGUUACCUCAUAGCAGUUUGCUAGUGACCUGUGGUGAUACUGCUUGUGUGGUGUUUGGUGGAGCAUAUUAUAUGUUUUUUUGAACAUGCCUAAAUGGAAUGUCGAAAAAUUAAUUACUCUGGUACAGGAGAGGCCAGAGCUUUGGGACAGCAGGCUUAAUGUCUACCAUGACAAAGUCCGCAAGGAGGUCUCGUGGGAGAAAGUGGCCCGUUCCAUGAGGCGUGUAGAAUGGCAAAAAGCCGAUGCCAGAGGCCGGGCAGAUUUAGGUAAGUGCCAGCAAUGUUAUUGCACUGUCCUGGCCCCAGUCUUGUCACUUUUGAACUUGCUAUUAAUUCCAUGAUGUCUUAAUAACUGCUUACGAGCGUGGAACACGGAGGUGAGCGUUCUGCCGUAUCCCAGCCUGGCAUCCUCUUUUAUUGCUAUGAUGUGGUGUGCUUUGUGUCGACGAUGAAGUACAGUCAGACACUGGUAUAGAUCAUACUAGUGUAUUACGGUACUGCAGUGGCGGCUCGAAGCGCACAGCGUCAUAGCAACCAAUGAUGGCGUGAACUCCUGUUCUCAACAGGAUGCUAGGCCGUGAUACUGCGGAACGCUUAGCUCCAUGUUCAUAAACUGUAUAUUUAAAUUGCCUGCCUUAAUUUAUAUAGGUCUCUAUAUGGAUUUUCCAAAAGAAUUGUAAAAUAUAUACCAUAUACUCCUACCAUUGGGUGUAUUUUAAAGGCCUGGCCCUAGCUAUGAUACUGUAAACUGUAGUAAUGGAUACUAUGCAUGUGCACCUGCUAGUUGUUGGCACUUGUUCUAGUUUUAAUUGAGCAUACAAUAGUUGGUACUUAACGCAUAUUGUGCCUAAAUUUACAUACCAAUGGCUAGAACAAUUUUUGAAUGGUUUCAUGAACGUAUUUCAUUAGUAUAGCCACACUGGCACUACUGUAGCAUGUGGUGUAUUUUCAUCCAUUUUAUACUUUUUUUCCAUAAUCUUUUUUUUUCCCUUCUAAAAAUCUAAGCUUGUAUUUUUUUAUUUUCAAAAUAGUAAAGCAGACCAAGACCCAGUGGAACAGCUCAAUGAUCGUGGACGCAGUGGUGAAGGUGGAGCCAGAAAAAGGCCCUAUAUAUACACGGCCCAAUUGGAGUUCCCUAAACCAGUCAUGGAUUUGAGGCCUACUGUGGACAGCUUGGAUGAUGAUCCGGAGGAAUCUGAUGUGGGUGGGAGCGACACUCCAGCUGUUUUCUCCCCUGAAAGUAGCCCCACCCAUACACAGGCUGAGGAGACGGAGCAGCCAACUGUUGCGCCGCCAACCCUUUCCCAGGGGACCAUGGAGACGACCCAGCAGCCUCACCCAAGGCGGCGUCGAAGUGUCCCCCAGGCUUCCUCGGGCCAAGAUACUCGAGAGCAAAUUGACUCUCGAGUCAUCGAAUUUCUGGCCAAGAGGAGGAGUGAGGGACCUGAAGAAGCAAUGGUGAGGGGCCUGGGUCCUUUACUAAGGGGCGUCCCUGCCCACAGAUUUAGCCCUUGUGUGGCAGGGCUCGCUAUGAUCAUCAAAUUGUUUUCCUCCCCCUACGAGGAAGACAUUGUCGCUGAAAUCUACAAUGUGAGGUGCAACAUCCUUGCAGCGCGCUCACACCAGGCUUCGAUGCCAAGCCAACCCCAACCCCAACACCAUGGCCCACCUGUACCUGGCCCAUCUUACCAGGUGGCACAGGAAACCAGCCGCCAACCUUCACAUUUCUAUCCUCAGGCUGCCACCUAUGCCACUGCCCCACAGCAACAACCACAGGUUAGGCCAGGGAGUUCAUUCCAGCCUGGUCCCUUUACCAGGGAUUUAUUUGAACUUUAGUGUUCUUUUUAUGUUAAAGUUUAUGUUGUGUUUUUUAUUGUUUC